AUGGCUUCGAUUAAUAUUCGUUGUAUUCCGGAUAAUUCAUAUGCAAUUAUCGGUGUAGUAAAUAAUAAAAGAGCUCGAUUCGAAAUUGAAACAAAGAAAAAUGAAGAAAAUGCUGAAGCAACAAAACGAAAUCCAAUCAAUCUGGUAUUAGUACUUGAUCGUAGUGGUUCAAUGGAAUCAAAUAAUAAAUUAGAAUUUGCAAAAAAAGCUGUUAUAUCGGUACUUGAUUUGCUUCAUGAUGACGAUGUUGUACAUCUCGUUGCUUAUGAUGAUAGUGUUUGGAAUGUCUUCGAAAAUGCACGUGCAUCAACUCGUCAAGUUCUUUAUUCAGUUGUAAAUGGAAUUAAGACUGGCGGUAGUACUUUCUUAUCCGGUGGUAUUGAAGCAGGUGCAAAACUUUUUGAAAAAUAUGUACAUCCUGGAUAUUCCAAACGUAUGUUCGUCUUAUCAGAUGGAUUGGCUAAUGUUGGAUUACAAACAAAAGAUGAAAUCAUGAAAGCUGUUACAAAAUAUAACGAAAAUGGAAUUAUUAUCGAUUCAUUUGGUGUUGGAGAAGAUUUUGAUGAAGCAAUGAUGAAGGGUAUUGCUGAAGCUGGACGUGGUCAAUUCUUUUUCCUUGAAUCAGCUGAAGUUAUUGUAACAUUGAUAACAAAAGCACUUCAGAGUGUUUUUGAUGUUUGUGGAACAAAAGCUCAACUAAUAAUUCGUGGUCGUAAUGAUGCCAUCGUAACAAAAAUAUGGGGUCAUGAAAACAUUGCACUUGGUGCAAAUCUUGGCGAUCUUCAUGCCGAUAAUCUUCGUGCUAUUCUCUGUGAUUUUACAGCUUCUGCAACAGUACCUGAUGGUACUGAAGUUGAAGUUCUCGACUAUCAAUUGAAAUACAAUCGUCCUGAUGAUGUUGAAGGAGAACCAUUAAUAGUUAGUGGUCAACUAUCAUUAACAUUCGUUAAUGAUGAAUCAUUUAUUCAAGAAAUUCAUCCAAAAGUAAAAAUUUUGCAUACUGUUCAAGUUGCAGGAGAAAUGGAUGAUCGAAUUGCUCAAUUGAUAGAUAGUAACAAAAGAGAUGAUGCUAUUGCAUUAAUUACUGAACAAAUUAAUCUUCUCAGACAAGUAGAACAUUUGGAUGACGAGAGAGACAUGUUUAUUAGUACUACGAAACGUUUUAUUACACGUCCACAAAUCACUUGGAUUAUAUUUCAAUUUAAAAAACGAUAUAAUUCGACAACAUCAUCAACAAAAUUAACUUCAAGUUAUUUUCAUCAUGUUUCAUCACUUCCAUUUGUGUAUAAAACAUUAAGUCAAAGUUUUGAUGAAACAGCUGCUAAAUAUCCUGAUCAUGAAUGUUAUAUUUUUAAAAGUGAACAAAAACGAUAUACAUUUAAAUUAUUAAAAGAUGAAGUUGAUAGUUUAGCUGCAUCUCUUAUGGAAUUAGGCUUUGAAAAAGGUGAUCGAUUUGCUGUUUGGUUACCAAAUACAUCAGAAAAUGUUGCAAUGUCAUUUGCUGCAUCUAAAUUAGGUCUUAUCAAAGUAAAUAUAAAUCCAGCUUAUGUUGGACGUGAACUUGAAUAUUGUAUAAAUAAAGUUGGAUGUAAAGGUCUUUUACUUUCACCAACAGUUAAAAUUAUCGAAUCAUUAUCAAUAUUUCGUCGACUUGUACCAGAACUUGAUCAACAUUCAAUAUCUCGAGAACUUUCAUCAAAACUAUUACCAACAUUAAAACAUGUUAUUCUAACUGGUAAACAAUCAUCUAUAUCUGGACUACAUUCAUAUAAUAAUUUAAUUGAACAAGGUAAAAAAUUAUCACAUACUGAAUUAAAUGAACGACAAGCAUCUAUUAAUCCUGAUUCACCUGUUGCAAUAUAUUAUACAUCAGGUACAACCGGUCAACCAAAAGCAGCAACAUUAACUAAUUUUGGUAUACUCAAUUUAGUUCAUGCUCAAUGGGAACAUCUUGGACCUUACUUUACUCGUCUUUGUGUUCCUAUUCCAUUCUUUCAUAUUUUUGCAGAAGUUGUCGGUGUACUUAAUACUGCUGUAGCAAAAUGUCAAAUUAUUGUUCCAGCUAUUUUACCUGAUACAGUUUCAACAAUGAAAGCUAUACAUGAAGAAAAAUGUACAGCACUUAUUGGUGCACCAAUUAUCUUUCGAGAUAUUUUAACACAUCCAGAUAAAAAAAAAUAUAAUUUAAGUUCAUUAGUCUAUUCUGCACUUGGUGCAAGUCCAAUGCAUUGUGAUUUUUUACGUCAAUUAGAAAACGAAAUUCCAGUUACACGUGCUGCUCAAGGUUAUGGAAUGACAGAAAAUGCUGCAUUACUUACAAGUGGUAUGUGGGCUGGUGAUGAAGAUCCAAAACGUCGUUUAGGAUCUCUUGGACGAUGUAUGCAACGUUUAGAAAUUAAAGUUGCUGAUCGAGAAGGAAAUGCUGUACCUAUUGGACAACAAGGAGAAAUUUGGGCAAGAGGUUAUCCAAUUAUGAUUGGGUAUUAUGGUGAUCCAGAGAAAACCAAAGAAGCGUUAACAUCAUCAGGAUGGCUUCGAACAGGUGAUCAAGCAACUAUGGAUGAAGAUGGUUAUCUUUAUUUUGUUGGACGUCAAAAAGAAAUGAUUAUUCGUGGUGGUAUUAAUAUUUAUCCAAUUGAAAUUGAAAAUACAAUAAUUGAACAUCCAAGUGUUGCUGAAGCACAAGUUUUUUCUAUUCCUGAUGAACGUCAUGGUGAAGAAGUAUGUGCAUGGAUUAAAUUAAAACCAGAUGCAUCUUCAUGUCAAAUAGAAGAUAUUAAAAAAUUUCUUGCUGAUAAAUUAGCAUUUUUUAAAAUUCCAAAAUAUAUUCGAUUUGUUGAUAAAUUUAUUAUGACACCAACAGGAAAAGUACAAAAAUUUAAAUUAUCUGAAUCAAUGGUCAAUGAAUUGAAAGAAGCAAAAAAAUAA